GUACAGUGGAGUUGUACCAAAAACAAGAAAGGAAUAUAUCCCUGAAGAUGGGAGAAAGACUACUUAGCAAAUUACAAUUAUAAGAACAAAUUAUGACAUCAACAUCCAAAGGAAUUUUCCGGCCAUUUUUAAUUAUCUUCAUUGUGCUGGGUUGUUUCAUGGCAUUUUUACUUAUUUACAUCAAACCAACAAACAGCUGGAUCUCUGGUCCCAUAGAAUCAGCCAGCUCAGUUCUGAAAAUGAAGAGCUUCUUUUCUACCAAAAGUGAUUAUUUUAAUGAAACAACAAUACUGAUCUGGGUUUGGCCAUUUGGGCAGACAUUUGAUCUUACGUCCUGCCAAACAAUGUUCAACAUCCAGGGGUGCCAUCUAACUAUUGACCGCUCACUAUAUAACCGAUCUCAUGCCGUCCUUAUUCACCACAGAGACAUCAGCUGGGAUCUCACUAAUUUACCUCAGCAAGCUAGGCCACCAUUCCAGAAGUGGAUUUGGAUGAACUUGGAGUCUCCAACUCACACUCCGCAAAAGAGUGGCAUUGAACACCUGUUCAACCUGACCCUGACUUAUCGGCGUGAUUCAGAUAUUCAAGUGCCUUAUGGCUUCAUGAAGGUUAGCACGAGCCCCUUUGCAUUUGAAGUGCCGAGCAAAGAGAAGUUGGUAUGUUGGGUUGUAAGUAACUGGAACCCCGAGCAUGCUCGAGUCAAGUAUUAUAAUGAGCUAAGCAAAUAUACUGAAAUCCAUACCUAUGGGCAAGCAUUUGGAGACUAUGUGAAUGAUAAAAACUUGAUUCCAACUAUCUCCACUUGUAAAUUUUAUCUGUCCUUUGAAAACUCAAUCCACAAAGAUUACAUUACUGAAAAACUUUACAAUGCUCUUCUGGCUGGAUCUGUACCAGUUGUAUUGGGCCCAUCCAGAGAAAACUAUGAGAAUUAUAUUCCAGCAGAUUCUUUCAUUCAUGUGGAAGAUUUCCUCUCCCCAAGAGAGCUAGCAGAGUAUCUUCUGAUGCUUGACAAAAAUAAUAAGCUGUACCUUAGCUACUUUAACUGGAGGAAAGACUUCUCAGUGCAUCUUCCUCGGUUCUGGGAAUCACAUGCAUGCCUUGCUUGUGACCAUGUAAAGAGACACCAGGAGUACAAGUCCAUUGGAAAUUUAGAAAAAUGGUUUUGGAAUUGAACUUUUUACCUUUUUGUGCAUUUUUUCAAAGAAACUGACAUAAUCUGUAGCCCAAGUGGAGGUGGAAAGGGAAAAAAAAUAAUCUGUGUUUUAUGUCACCGUUUAUCAGCUAUCCUCUCUUGGGGUAUCUUAUUUAUGUUUGUCAGAGAUUUUAAAAGCUCAGCAUCAGCAGUCAUCAAUACUCAAUUUUAAAUUAUACUGUAUAUAGCUAAUUAUGUGCACUGAAGAAUAAUUUAUUGUUUACUUUAAUUUUUAUUCAAGGGUUUUUCAUGUUUUCCGUAGAUUAUCUGUCCCAGUUUUACACAAGAUGUAAUGAUUUUUAACUUUGUGUUUUUUACUUUAGAUUAGCUAUUUAACAUGCUUGGAAAAUGAAGACACAAAUCUUAAGAUUUCAGAGAAUUUUAAUGAAAUGAUCUACUGGUUUAGUUUGAAAUUUGUGUAAUAUUUCAAAAGACAAUAAUGUUUGUCAUAGUUUAAUUUCUGCCCUCUUAAAUUCUAAGAACACUAUCGAAUUGAAUACACUGCGUUAAUUUAAGUGGUUCCUAUUGAUAAGGUAUAUGGAUUUAGAAAAAAUGUAUUAUAAAUAAGCUUUAAAAAGUUAUCAAAUAUAAGAGAGCCUUUGGAUUCUAAACAGGAAAAAGGUAUUCCCCUUACAGUUAGUUCCACUAAGAUACCUUGGAAAUAUAUGGAUUUGCUCUCAUCUCCUUAAGAUAGAGCAUUGAGGAACUGAGAAAAUUAAGCUCCCAAGUUACUGUUUGAAGUCCUGAUUUCGCAAAGCAUUUAAGCAUGUGCUUAUUUGAAUCAGGGUCACAGGUAAUGCUACUUUAAAUACAGUUGAAUAAAUUGCAACAUACUCAUUUGAUCACACUCAUCUGUAUAACUAGAUGUUCAGCUCAUUUUCUUCUUCUUUCUUACCACUUCACUAUUCGGGCAAUGUUUAUAGCCUUCUUCCAAAACUCAUGAUUGUAAGCUAUCAUGCAGAUUGGUCACUGUGAGCUCUGCUGAUAUCCGGUCUGUGUACCAAGUCUUUAGUCUCCCCUUUGGUUGUCUUCCAUCCACAAUCACUGCAAGAGACAUCCUACUGAUAUAGCUGUACAGGCACCAUUGGAUAUGCCUGUUAUUCAAAAAAAUAUUUGGAAGAUUUGGCAAUUUUUAUAUAUUUCUGAAUAUUUGUGAAUUAUUCACCCAACUCUAUAAAAGUCUGUUCCAACUUUAAUUGAACUUUAAUCACAGCUGGAUAGCAUCCUGAGGUGGGUGAAUAAUGUGAAGAAAUAUUGAUUGAAUAUUUUAUUAGAAAAAAAUUGUGAAAUUAAUUACAUACAUUAGAUUAGUAUUAUUCAGCCAGCUCUAGUCAGAACAAAGGCUCAGUUUGUUUUUAGGGGGGUUCUUGCUGUUUUGAAAGUAUGUAAUUUAAAAAGAAGUAUCAGAACAAUGGAUAUAAUCAAGAUUUGAAUAUAAAUAUGUUCAUAGUAUUAUGUGUGCUAUCAUAGCAAAUUCUGAAAUGCAGUUUUGUCAUUAUGGUUUUUAAUAUGUAUAUUCAUAUGUGCAUUAUUUGGAUUCAUUAUCCUGUAACCUCAGCAACUAGAAUUAAACCCCCCAGUAAUCAUAGAUAUGGUGGUUUAAUAAUGUAGAUGUAUUUUGUAUUAAGAUAAAGCCACUGUACAUAGUUCUUGAUGGCAACAUGUGCUUAUCACCCACAGCUCCCACUGACUUGUAGGCAGCUCUUAGAAUCAAGACCCUUUAUUUUGGUAUGAUCUCAGUCAGGUUUGAAUAUGUACAUCUGAAUAUACUAACUGUAUAAGAUAUACUGUAGUAUAAGAACCCUAAAAUAAAUGAUUGUUGAAGGAGAACUUUAAGGGAACAUACUCAAGGCCCAGAUUCUUAACUGGUGUAGAUCAGCAUAGUUCCAUUGACAGCUACUGGUUAUGGAUCUGGUCCAAACUUAACAUCCUUAAAUGAAAGUAAAUCAGAGGCAGAAAUUUUGGACUAUGCCUAAACAGAAUGGCAGCAUCCCUCUAGAUUUAGUUUAAUCUAAAGAGUAGUCAGCAGCUGAAAUAAAGCAAGAAGAAAGAAGCCAAAAAUUUAGAAAAAGGAAGAAAAAUACAAAAACUUACAUCAAGAAAAAGUACAGCUUGAAUAAUAUUUAAGGCUGUGAUCCAGCAACACACUUAAGGGCGUACUUAGUUUUAAGCAUGGAUGUAAGUGCUUUGCUGGAGUGGGGCCUAUGCUAGCAGUUGAUUUUUAUGGUAAACAUUGGACGAUAUGAUAUGAUAUGUGAAUGAUAUGUUAAUUUCUGUGUUACCUCCUUGUAAUCGAAGAUGGAACACAAAUGCUGAAUGGUGUGAAAGAACUGUAGAUGUAAGAACAUAACAUGGAACACUGAAUGAAAAGAUUAUAGAACUACGAACUAGAAUUGAUCUUUUAUGUAAGAGUUCAAAAGUUGCUUUCAUGGUUCAAAUAUUUAAUUAUACCCAUUUAUUGCUAAGUCUUAAAAGGUUUACUUACAGCAUACUGUGAAUCUCCUAAAUUCACCAGCACUUCAGUAUGAAAUAUAAAGGGACAGCUCAUGUUGUGCAUUAAUCUGAUAGAAUGAAAUCCAAUCAUUCUCAUGUGGAGGAGAUUUCUUUUGGUCACUUAUUUUUCAAGGGACUGGCUAACCAGGUUAUUUUAAAAAGCAAUGGUUUUUUCUCUUAUUGAAUUACUGCUGUCAGAAACACUCCAUCCUUUGCGGAGAUUUAUAGAAUUCUCUGUCUGCCAAGUUACCAUACCAAAGGGCCAGAGUUAGUCUGGCAGCACAUGGUAGGAUAUGUGUUCAUACACCAAAAGUAUUUAAUAACAAUAACAACAAAUUUAAUUUACCAUUUUCUGGAUCUUUUUCUUUCUCUUUCUUUGUUGCUCAGUUUUCUUUCUUCCACAAAACAUGAAAAUCCAGCUUCAAAUCAGGUUUACCACUUUGUAAAAACC